AUGAAGCUGAUCACUGCUUCCAUUCUCGCCCUCGUCGGCCUCGUUGCUGCUCAGUCGACGGGCGACCUGCCCAAGUGCGCCCAACCAUGCGUAAUCGAGGCCACGACCGGCGGGAACAUUGGAGGCUGCGGCCAGUUCGACAACAAGUGCAUCUGCAGCAACAAGAGCUUCCUCGACGACAUGGCAUGCUGCCUUGCCGCCGGCUGCACGCAAAAGGAGCAACAGGCUGCAGUUGACUUUGCCAAACGCCUCUGCAGAGGUUCCGGCGUCACCGAUCUGCCCGACUCGGUCGUCUGCAAGACAGCGGCGUCCGGCUCCUCGACAACGGCUUCAGGCACCGCCGCUGCCACCACCUCAGCUUCGCAGACGGCAUCAACCACUGGCUCGGCCGCCAAUGCGCAGAACACGGCCUCGACCUCUACCCCCAACGCAGGGCCCUUGGCGACCAUGAUGCCUGUCGGCGUGCUGGGCGGCCUCAUCGCCGCAGCUGCCAUGCUGUAG